AUGAACUCGAGAGCUCAAACCCAGAGACGCGCGUCAAAGGAUCAUCCAGUGGCAGGCGCAGUCCGAAGCGUCAAUGGUCGGAAGGUUGUGCAGCCAGCGAGCCGGCCGACGUCCAGAGGAUCGUCUUCUCUUGCUCAGAGCUCAUCGUUCGCUUCGCUGAAAAGGCCAAUCGACAAACCACCUUGCACCCUACGCCGUAGUAAAUCCGAUUCUGAUACCCAAACGCUCCUUCAAACUUCCCUUCUUUCUUUAAGUCAGCACGCUUCUCAACCUAUUUUUACCCAUGAUGUCCCACCCUGGUCCCAGAAAUGCAGCGAAACGCAAUCCGAAUUUGAAUUAAUCCAUACCGUCAGCCAGAUCCUCGCCCAAAAGAAAGGGUUGGAGUCUGAUCUCUCAGCGUUAUCUUCGACGAUCUCUCGCGAGCGAGAGAUCGUGUUGCGUCUUUGGAACAUCAAUCCCUCGCUUCCUAUAGACUCUCUCAUACGUCUCCUGCUGCUUUCUCAAGAGAAAGCCGAGCGGAGUGCACGGUUGAACGCAAUAGAGCAGGCUCAAAUUGAUCUUCGGCGGAGACUAACACUCAUUGAGGACCGAGAAUCAUACCUUGAUUCCCAUGAGCGAAUAUUGCCCUCGACCCCGGAAGCUUGCAGAAACGCGUUCAUGACGCGCCGAGCUGGGCUGCGACGAGAGCGCACCCAGUUAGAAGCCGAGCUCAAGCUGCGCGAACGACAGGAACUGGAUCUUCGGGGCGACAUCCAGAAUCUUGACGAUGAAGAGGCUAGUUACUGGCUCAGGCUUGAACGGAUGUUCUCGAAUUCGAAUCCGAGUUACUCGCAGGCACGACGCCCAACCCUGAAAGAUCCAAUCACGUUGCGAUCUGAGUCGGCACUACGUGUAUCUACAUUUUUCGACAACCUCACGGAGCUCGAUAUUGCAGGAGUAGAGGAAACAGAGCCGCGCGCCAGUCAAUUGGACAUAAUCCCGGAAAUCCCAGAUUCUCCACGAACUUCGAUAUCAUUUGUUGAUACCCCUGAGUUUUCCAUAUCCGUAGAUCAGGCUCCCGCCGAUGGACCAACAACAUCUCUGAUUGCAGAUCUGCAAUGGCGCCAAAGCUCAUCAAGUAAUGCGAACUCGAGUUCGGGUGUGGAUUCGAGCAUAGGCAGUCCGCAAACGCCUCGCACGGCUGUGCAUGAGGCAACAGGCGAUGAGUCCAGUAUCAUUAUUGUCAGCGGAAUGGGUGUGCAGCCUGAAGGAAAUAGUUACGAUACAAUGUGGAAAUUCCCGUCCAACCGCGAUUCGACUGCUUCCGCGCGAACUAGAGAUCUCAACAUCAGACCAUCCUCCGACGACUUUCGCAAAACUAUACACUUCCCUUCAUUCAGUAUACCACCCCUCAUUACACCGAAAGAUACCUUUGAAACCGAUAUCAAUCUCUUGCGUUCAUCUGGUUAUUCAAUUAUACCCUCACCUUUAUCCGCAUCCGAACUGAAUCCCGAAGGGGCCGAUCAAAGCUCACAAGUUCGAUCCACUACCUUGGACCCUGUCACAUCCCGGACCCAACCUAUUGCGCGUCGCAAGCCGCUACAACACAAAUUGCGUCCAACUUCGGAGAUCCCAACAGAACAACGAGCAACACCAAAUUGGGGGAUCCUAAAGAACCUUCUAGGAGGGCCCCGGCGAUUACGGAGGCCAAAAGGUGGGAAUGCUGGUGCUCAGGAGACCAAUAGCAGUGGUGUUUUGGAUGACGAGUAG